GCUAUGCCGUGUAUAAUUUUAUUACGAUUCGCCUCCUCGCCGCAUACUUUUGUCUAACUAACCGGCUGUAUAUUUUCGGCAUUCGCAGUGAUACAAACUCAAAGUCGUUUACUUAUCGUACGUAAUUGUGGUGUUAUCUCAAUUAGUACAAAAUUCAUAUUUAAACCUAUCAUUGGCUCUAAACUGUAUGAUAAAAUGCCUUAACCGAUAUUCUUAUUUAUCUUUAAAAAAAACCGCGAUUUUUUUUUAUUCGUGAAAAGUUGGCUGAGUGGAGCGCGUCUGCAUUUAUUUUUACGAAAAUGGAACGAAUUUGAAUUUUUUAAGAGUGAUAUGUCGACGCGCAGUAGCGCGAGCGCGAUCCGAGCGCGGCGCGGACACAAGGAGCGCUCCAAGAACUUCACCGAGCUGGAGAAGCGCACGGUGCUGGAGCUGAUCGCGCGCCACCGCGACGUGCUGCGGCAGGGGCGCUCCAACAACGCCACCAACCGCAGCAAGCAGCUGGUGUGGUCCACGAUCUGCGAGGAGGUGAACAAGCGGUGCGGCGGCGAGCGGCCGCGCACUCCCGCGCAGGUCAAGAUGUGGUACGAGAACUACAAGAAGAAGUGCAAGAUGCGCGCGCACGACUCGCAGCAACCAACCUCUGACACACCCAGCCUGCUUGACGGCAUGCUCUGGCAGAGCAUUCACCCCCUAGAUGUCAAAGACGAGGAGGGUGAAGCUACCACCAGCCUGGAGGGUGCACUCAGCGUCAAAGACGAAGACUGCUUGCCCGUCAACAUGUCUAACGGCCGCCUAUCGAAUACGAACGACAGCGACGACACGAUGCCAAACGUACUUGAGCCCCAAGUGCAAAUCAUACCCCAAUCAUCCCCUAGCCCACCCCCUCUCAAAAACCUUUCCACCCAAAUUAACCCUCUAACACUAAACCUACCGAUACUAACCAACCCUCUCCAAGCAAUCGAACAAGCUAGAAUACAGCAGACUUUUCUGCAAAAAUUAAACGAACUGUCAAAUACCCCAUUAAAUCUAAGUCAUUUAGAUGAUGAGAAAAGAAAAAAUGGCCACGAAAGGCAAGAAAAAGCGGACGAUCAAAUAAAACACGAUUGCGGGACCGCUACAGAAGAAGAACGCUCAUACUUCAUAGCGAAAAGACAGCACGCCGUAUGGGAGCAUGAGGCGAAAAUGAAAAUUUUAAACAUGGAACUGAGACAGAAAGAGGAAAUCUUUUCAUUGCAAAAGCAACUUUUCCUCAUUGAGUUAAGGUUGAAAAUGGAUUUCCUUGAAAAGGCCAGCGCUAAGUGACAGAUGUCAUCAUGAGUUUGAUUUUUAAUCUAUAACUGAUCAGAAUGGCUGGAACUCCCAGCCGUGAAGUCAGUUUAACGUGAAGUUUUUAAAAAUAAAUCCCUAUUGGGAUGUGGUCUCUGUCACGCGGUAGGCAUUAGAAAGAGACGGGUGUAACGUAAUAGAUAAUAAUUAAAACCGCCAUAGUCCAUUUUGUGCCAUCAUCGUAAGUUUAGUUUACAGUUGUUUUUUUUUUAUUAUUGAACCUGUAGCUAAGAUUUUAUACUCAUUUCUGCCCUACAUUUUGCUCAAAAAAAUAUGUAAAGUUUAGCAGAUUAACAGAAGGAAAUAUUUUAUUUAACAAAUAAACACUAAAUAAAAUAUUGAGUCAAUUUUAAAAAAUGCAUGUUGGGCAUAUUUUUUCAUAGCUUCUAAGCAACUGUUUGUAUGGAAUCGUAGAUUAGCAUCGAGUAGGAAAAAUUUUGGUACAGUAAAAAAAUACGUGUAUUUGACGGCAUUUUUCCGAUGUUGCCUGAACAAAUUUACUAAUUGUACCAAAAAUGGGUUUUGCAUUGUGAUGAUAAACAGAUAGGAAUUUAUUUUUGUAACCUUUAUUUUGCAUAGGUUAUUUUGUACUAUAUUUUUUUUAGUUUUUAGUACAUAUAAUGUGCUUAAGUUCUUUUUAGCCGCGCUAAUAAUAAUGUGCGGAUUUAUUUUUAUAGUAUUAUAUUUUUUUUAUCUUCUUGGCAGCUAUCUAUGAUAAUGAACGUCGUGCAAAAUAAAACUGCCAAAUAAAUAGAAUUUCGCAUAAUUGUGUAAACUGUUAUUUUUUAUGUUUUAGGUACUUAGGUGUCCCUUUAAAGGGCAUUCAAUGACUUCUUUUUUUAUCAUUAUAGUGUUAGUAUUCCCGAUUUUUGGGGCAACUUUUGACAUUAGUGUCGAGUCCUUUGGCAUAACUGUAAUACAUAUUGUCAAAUGUACUAGUCUAGUAAGAUUUCAAUUGUUCUUAUGAAGUAGGUAUUAUGAUUUAAAUUAAAACGCACACUGUAAUGUGAAACGCAUUUUGACAACUGCUUAAUUGUCAACAUCAAUUGUUAUAUACUAGUAGAAAAAGUAUUAUGUGUGGUAAAGAUACUGAGGAAGGAGGAAUAUCUUUUUUUUUUGUCUUGAUCUUUUGUCUAAUGCGUUUGAUUUAUAUAUCCAUAGAUAUAAAUAUUCGUAACGCAUGAUUGUUAAUUAACAAAUGAAAGCAGUUAAACAUUUGCGUUGAACAUAAAAUGAAUUAGUUUUAAUAUACAGAAUACAUAAAAUUAAUACCUGUUUCAUAACAAUAAUAAUUUCAAGUCAUCGAUGUGCCAAUACCGAGUAACAUUGUUAUGUAAUUAUUAUAUAUAGUUAUUACAUUUAUAAGAAAACAUAGACAAAAUAAAAUUUAAAAGAUACGUAAACGUAGACAAAUACUGGAAAGCGAAAAAGAAUUAAAACUCGACACAGUAUGAUAAAUUGUAAGUAAUUUAUAAAUAAAAUAAAUAGUAGGAAGUGAAAUAAUAAUGCAGUACAAAAGUGUUGUUAGAGAAAAAAAUAAUUACCUCAUUCUGACAGUGUAUUGUAAAUAAAAAAAAUAGAUUGUAGUUUGUAAAAGUUUUAGAAACGUUUUUAUAUGGGACUUACACCCUUUUUGCUUUAAACCAUCGCGAAAUAGUUGCCAGGUAUUUAGAAAAAUAUACCAAUAUGGUACCUUUUUUUGUGAACAACACUGGCGUUUGAAACAGUUUUAUGAUAUUGUGAUGUAUUUAUAAGAUCUCAAUACAUUUUAUUAAAAUGUUUAUUCACUGAUGAUAUUAAUUAAAUAAAUACAAUAAUGGGAAACAUAUAUAUGACUAAUGCUGUAGAGUAUUGAAAUAUUUCGUAUUAAUUUUUAUUUGAUUCAUGUUAAGUUAAUCUGAUUAAAUUGGAUAUUAUUGAUAUUGAAAUAAAGAAUUUAUUUUCUGUU